AUGGAACAAAUGGAAUGCCAAGUGAACCCGUGGCUUGUGGGCGAAAGAAAAUUGUGAAUAAUUUAAUAACUCAUACUCGUAGGAAGUAAAAUUCCUGUUUUCCUGUCGCUUUCGUUAUUUGUUCGCACUAUCACUGACCCCGUUUGUUUACUCUAGUGCCGGUAGUGUCCUGUUUGCCGUGGUCAACCUGUUGAUUUUGUGAGGUUACCGUCCGAGUUUCGGAGUACACUAUUUCGGAGUUUACGUAACAAUAUCCAACGAUCACAUCGUCGGUCUCUGCGUCGCAAGUCCUUCUCGAUCGGUUCGUGGCAUUUUCUGAAGUUCACGCCGGCGUUUUCAAAAAGUGCAAGUUCCCAGUUCAAUGUUCGACCCGUUCACGUCAACGAAGUAUGUGCCCCCUGUAAUAAGUGUUUACGCGCGAAGUACGCAUGUGGAUUUAGACCUCUCACUCGAUUUGGAAUCAUUUGGACCGCCUCUCUGGAUUAUACAACGUUAUCUAUAAUGGCGCUGCAGCUGCCGCGGAGCACGGACCGAACCCGACGACGACGGCUCCCCUCCACCUCGACGCGGCGAGACGCUAUCUCGGCCGCGUGAGCGCCACCGCCGCCGAGCCUCAGUGAGCACCGAACCGCCGAGCGAGCGACACGAGUCACCGCCAGUGCCGCGAUCCUAACCUCCCCGCGACGCGGCGCCAUCAUGGAAUAUCGCACACCGACCUUCCUCCGAUUCCCGACCCGCGUCCGACGACGGUCUGUGAAAAAUUCUAGAAAACCUUUCAAACUCGGCAGCGACCCCUGUUGUGCGUGAACCACGCCGUGUGAUAUCCUUUAAUUUAUUUCAAUUUCAACCCCCCCUUGUGUUAUUUAUUCUGUGUUCCCCCUCCCCCAAGUGCCUGGUGUCUAGUUCGUCGUUACCUGCCGUGGGAAUCAAAACCCCAUAACGGAAUCUCUGUCUGUGGAUAAGUGAUUUUUCGAUUUAUAUAUAUAGUCGGAUAUAUAUAUAGAUAAGAGUGAUUUUUGAUUUGUAUAUAUAGCGGGAUAUAUAUAGAUAAGAGUGAUUUUUGAUUUAUAUAUAUAGAUAAGAGUGAUUUGGAUCAGUGCGGGAGUGCCAAGUUUCGAACCGUGGAUCCGCGGAGUGCUCGGUCCGCCAUGACGGCGGACCUCGCGCGAGAGGCGAUGGGCAAGAAGGACUACGCGCAGGCGGCGCGGAUGUUCAAGCGGUGCCUCGCCGAGCGCCCGUCCCUGGAGAUGUUCCUUGGCUACGCGGACGCGCUGGCCAAGUGCGGGCGCGUUUGGGAGUCCCUGGACGUGUUCGCGCAGUGCGCCGCCUUCGCCCCGCUGUCCCCGGAGAAGCUGCGAGGGGUGACGACGGCGUUUCUGGAGCACCUGAGCGCCCGGGCGGCGGCGGCCGCCGCCGCCGACCCCGGACGGGCGCGCGAGGCCCCGGAGCCGUGCGCCUUCGUCUGCGGCCUCUGCGACAACGUGCUCCUGCAGCCGGUGACGCUGGCCUGCGGGCACACCUUCUGCCGCAAGUGCCUCCAGCGGGAGCCGACCAAGGCGUGCCGCCGCUGCGGGCACAAGAUCGCCCAGCGGCUCGAGAUCAACGUCCUCAUCCGGAGCCUCGUCGAGAAGUUCUGGGCGGAGGACAUCGCCGCCGCCCGGCUCCGGGACGAGGGCAACCAGCUCUUCGGCUCCAACCAGGUGGAGGCCGCCCUCAGCAAGUACGACGCCGCCAUCGCUUUCGCCCCCCGGAACUACCUAGUCCUGAGCAAUCGGUCGCACGCCCUGUGUGUGAUCGGCAGGUGUCAGGAGGCCCUGUCCGACGCCGACGAGGUGGUGAGACUGCGACCUUCCUGGGGAAAAGGGCACCAUCGGAGAGCAAUGGCGUUGUUGAGUUUAGGUCGUUACGAAGAAUCCCUCGUGGCGUUCGCCGUGUGCGCAGCCCUAGAUAGGAAUACGCAUGCCGUCCGUCUUGAAGCAGCCAAAUCGUUACAAAAAAUUCUUAGCACAAGUAAAUACUGUUCAAAGAGCGCUUCUCAAAGGUCCUCGCUGAAUAGCAGAAGUAGUCUGAAAAAAUACCACUCCCGCACAUCUCCCCUCCAACCUGUUUCUUGGGUCUACGUCUCCUCUUUUAAUUCAAAUAGUGACUGUGAUGAUAAUUCCUCUGGGGACGAGGACUCCAAACAACCAUUUUACUCUGAUCGUAGGUACACAUACUCUUCACCUGUUCCCCAAGACUCAAGAAGACUACCUGUUCUCAUGGAAAAAGCCUUUCAGGAAAUCGAAUCGAUUAGAUGGAUGAACAAGAAACUUACACAACUAACUGUUGAUAGCAAUAAAGUAGAAAUUACAGACUUUGAUUGUGUUCUUUGUUGUCGGACCUUGUGGCAACCAACGACCACAUUUUGCGGCCACUCCUACUGUUCUGCAUGCCUUGACAGAUGCCUAGACUAUAACUUCUCUUGUCCUCUUUGUAUGACCUCCUUAACUGAAUAUUUAUUAGUAAAUCAAAAAAACAUUACAGAAUUCCUAGACCUAGCUCUGCGGACAGCAUUGCCAACUGUGUAUGCUACAAGAUUCCUCCUUCACCGGCAGGAAAUCAGUGAACCACAUAUGCCUGUUUUUGUCUGCACCACGGCUUUCCCUCAUGUUCCUUGUCCUCUUUUCAUUUUUGAGCCUCGCUACCGACUUAUGGUGCGGCGGUGUAUUGAGUCUGGCACGAGACAGUUUGCAAUGGCAGCAUGCCUCAACUCCUAUGGCUCUGCUAAACGAUAUGCUGAAUAUGGUACAAUUCUUGAAAUUAAAAACCUAGUACUAUUAAAUGAUGGAUGCUCAAUACUUUCAACUGUAGGCGUACGGAGGUUUCGUAUUCUGUCACGUGGUGAGCGGGACGGAUAUGACACAGCCUCCAUCGCAAAUGUUUGUGAUGUUUCUAUUCCUUCAAAUCAAAUCGAAGAGGUAAGAAAGCUACUCGACAAAACAAGAUUAAAAGGCGAACAGUGGCUGAAGAAUAUGUCUCCUGAAUUGCAAUCGGAAAUUUUACGCACCUUUGGACCAAUUCCAGACUUGGAAGAGAAUUGGGGAUCACUCCCUGAUGGACCUGCCUGGGUUUGGUGGUUGUUGGCCAUUCUUCCCCUUGACCAACGUCUGCAGGUUGGUAUUCUUGCCACGACAUGUAUCGUUAAGAGGCUACUUGCCAUUUACAAGACACUCGAAUUGAUAGAAAGGAAUUCUUUGGUAGUUGCGCAAACCAAUGAGCAAGCGUCUGUCAUAUCAGCGUCUGUCAGCUCCUCAUAUCCUUUGCCUGUUUCAGAAGUCUGUGAAGUAUCUCCAUUGUGAUUUUUAUUGUUUUCCUUCAAGACAUUUUUAAUUGUAUUUAAAUUUUAGAUAAAGAUGCGAAACAAAUUGAACACAACAGUCACCCUUUUAAUAUGCAUUCGAAGCAAUCAAAAAUUUUGAUAAGCGUUACAUUUCUGCUAAAAUGAAAUUUUUCAAAAGAAGCUUCCUCUAAUUAUUAUAUGAAUUUAAAAAAAGUUUCAAAAUAUUUAAAAAGUUCAAGCUUGUCUUUGAAGUACCCAGGAUCUGUUGCUUAUAACUGGACCUUAUUUUCUUUUUCUUUUUUUAAGAAAAUUUUUUUUGUGGUUGUUCUGUUCAAUUUGUUUAGAAAGUCUUCGUGUGUGAUUGCUAGAUUACCACAAGCUGUGUCAAAAUGUUCAUUCAUUGCUUCAUCAUAUCCCAUCAUGAAGCACUGAUUUGUGUGAUGCCUUGUUUUUUUUUUGUCAUGCGCCUAAUUACAAUGCUGCAAGGUACUUUCUCUUUUGUUUCACUAAUUUUAUAAUCCACGGAUAUUGAAAUUCUGAAAUUUUCCCCCCAAAUAUUAUCUCAAAAAAUGUUUUGAAAGAAACAGUAGAUUUGUUUAGUCUACCAAAAGUAGCAAAAUAAAAUAGAAUAAAAAAUUAACAAUAUGAAUGUAUCUAUUUAUUAAUUUAUUUUUUUCAAGGUACAUUGCGACCAUGAUGAAGCAAUGUUUUCAACAUUUGAUUGUUUUUGGUUAGUGUCUGUGAUUGAAUGGGUUUGUACUCUGUUGCGUGAUAGGGCAUUUUACAUUUCAAAUGUUUUAGUGAUACUCAGGUUUUGUUAGAGGAAACUGGAUUGAUGCCAGGUACAGAGUUGUCAAUUUUUCAGUGGUUUUAAGUAGGAGAUUAACCUUGUAUAAAAAUGGCAACACCUGCAGCUUUUUUAAAUUUUUGAAAUUGUUUUUGAGUGAAACCUGUUUCUCUACUCCAAUAUAAGCAUUUUUUAGAGAAAGAGAAACUCUACCAACUGUUAAGUUGAGCAGAGGAUGUAUAUCAAGAAAGGAAGAAAUCAAAAUUUAAGAGAGACCGUUUCUUACAAUAUUUUCUUCUGGGUAACUGAGAGUGUGCGUCCUUAUCUCGCUGUUAGUAUUAAAGGAACUUUUAAGAAUAAUUUUGAACAAGUUUUGGAAAUGUUUCAUGAUAUAUUAUUUCUUUAUGUUAAUCCCAUUUAUCAUUGUAUAGACUCCUUCUCUCAGAUUAUUUUUAAUUGGAAAACUAACAGUAGAAACAUGUCUCUCAUCGAUAUGUUUGCGAAAUGCUCAGGAAUAUUUAAUUAAUUUGAAACAGGCGCAAAUUGAGACCAGCAGCAUUCAACAAAUGAUUAUUUUGUGAAAUGUGUUUUAAUUUAAAAGAUUAUCCUGGUUGUUGGUGUUGUCUCUGAAAACUUUGGCCAUUUUUUUCGAUUAAUGCUAGUCAUUUCUGAAAGGAGAGUCAGCCAAAGAGCUUUUGGAUUUCUCAGUUAAGUAACACAGUUGAAUUAUAGUAUUAUAAGCUGUGAUGCAACAGAUCUCCUCACGUUGCAAGAUUUUGUGCAAUUUUUGCAGGACCUCUACCACUGCCUUUGCAGCUGGAGUGAUAGGUUCCCGAUGCGGUUCUUUAGUCACACAACAAAACAAAAAAAGUCAGUCUUACUUUUCGUUUACACUGUCUUUUCUAGAGUUAUGUCUUGUAUAAAGUGUCUCUUGUGGUCCUUGAACACUUGCCUUAUUGCUAGAACUUCAGCUGAGAGAAUUAAGUCUCUUAGGAAUGCUUUGGUAGAAGUAAACAAAUCCAAAAAAGUUUUAAAAAAAAAAUUAAAAACUGUAGGAAAAACCACAAAAAAAAAACUUUAUUUAUUUUUGAAGGAAACAACUUUUGUGCAAGCUGUAAUAUUUUUAACCUUUAAAUUCAUUUAAUUUUUAUAAUGAUUUUAUUUUUGUACCUACUCUCAAUCUGCUUUCUAGAAAUUUUUUUAAAAAAACUUAUUUUUUUAUCAGUGUUAUUACUCCACUCAAAGAUUCCCUUGAGUAAAUUAUUUUUGGAUUUUCCCCUUCCUUUGUAUGAACCUCCUUUGUUCAUUCAAACUGUUUAACUAAAGUUUUCUGCAACAUCUUGUUUUUGAAAUACAUUCAAAGAAAAAUUUGACUUUUUCAUGAGUAUCUACAGGAAAAAUUGUGUUUUUACUUGAGUUUCACACUGUCUCAAUAUUAAAAUAAAUUUUCAUGGUAAUCGGUAAGGCAAGUGCCUCGGAGACAUUGUAAUGAAAAUAACAUUGAUAUAAAGCCUACCAUCAAAAUGAUCUCUGUUUUCAACAUUAUCUCUGUUCUCUUUUACAUUUCAGUUUACGGUUAUUGUACUUAUUUUUGUUAACCAUGAUUCUGGUCUCAAAAAUUUUUUUUGAAAAAAGAUGUCAACAGGGGAACAUAUCGGUCACUGCUGCCUUUUAUUUGUCAGUCCAAUACUGUCAUACUAAGAAAAAUGCCGCAUGAGUUGAUGUUGUUAAAUUUUUUGUAUGACACAUUCAUUUUUUAGGAAAUUUAUGAAUAUUUCUCCUUGAAAUUUUCAGAAAUUGUUGAUUGAAGUGCGUCUGAAAUUUUCUGAAAAUUUAGAGAAAAAUAUUUGCAUGUUACCCUGAAGAUUUGUAUUUGAUUAGAAAAAAAUUGGCAAUGUUUAAAGGCUCAUAGAGCGUUUUUCCUCAGCACAGCAGAAUAGCCUAACUUGUAAAAUUGCCAAAAUAAGAGGCUUUUUCGCUCUAACAAAUUUCUUUUUUUAAAAAAGAAAAUAAAUUUUCAUACGAUGUCACCAGUUUUUUCCUAAAAAAUUUAAUAAUUGAGACCUCAAACAAUAAAAUCCGAUUAAAUAACACUUACAGUAGGCGUAUGUUACUUCAUAAUGACAAGUAGGAGCUAUGAAAUAAAAUGAACGAUCGAAUUUUUCCUCCUUUUUGCCUGUUUUUAUUUAUGUGUCUGUUUGCUCUGAGUGUUAAGUAAGUCUUUCUCUGUCGCAUUACUGGCGAAUUUUCAACCUAGAUAACUAAUACUUUAUGAUCAUAUUAUCUUAAGUCUACUAAUUAUUCUAAAUAUUAGCUGAAAUUUGUUUCCUCUAUCACACGUUUGUCUCUUUGCCUUAUUUUCUAUUGUAAAAUAAGGCUAAAAAUGUUUCACCUGUCUUGUUUAACAGAGUUACUCAGAUUUAAUUUAUGCAUCUUACGGGGUAUAAAAAUAUUUGUAAUUUUCUAUCCAGAGGCAACAUUUGCUUUUAUGAAAGUAAUUUCACAAAGGUGUUGUUAACUUUAAAUUUAUAAAGACUAAUUGUAAGUCUUGAGGAUCAUGCAAUGCAUCUCUAAUAUCCUCGGUCACACAUUUCAAAUUUUUUAUUCCUCUGAUUGGUAAAAUACCAACUACCUACCAAGGUUUUACAUUUCUUAACACGGCAUUCAUUUUUUAGGUUACCACUCUCAAUAUAGGAAUAGUUAUUUUUAUAAAUAAUAAAUACAAUUAUUUAAAUUUUAACUUAGAAAGGGAUACUGAACGCAGGUCCUUUAUUUUUAUCCGGUUUUUGCGCUAGUUUUAAACUGGACUGAGCAGAUUUUCACCAAAAGAGGAGCAAAUUUUGCCUCUGGAUCUUCACUGAACUACUCUUUUUAUGACAGUAAUUUGUAGUUUUUCUCAUGGAAAAAUGGAGAAACUAUCGUGGUGAGCUAUACAAAUUUGAAAAAAAAUCAACUUUAUCAUUAGACCAAUAGACAAGGUGCAAAUUGAAGCAUUUUGAUACACAUUUCCUUGUCAAAAUUUCACUUAAAACUCAAUUCCCGCAGCAAAAAUUACUGAUAUUAACUCUUAACCAAAAAAGGUAAUGUUAUUUAAUGCAUGAACUCAAACUUCCCACACAUAGAAUGUACAACAAUCUACUUGAGUUAAACCGCACAAGUUUAAUUGUUAAAAGUUAUUGUGACAGGCUCUGUGCUUUGAAAAUAUGACAACCUUAAUCUCAGCGCUUCAGCUCAAUUAAUGGAUGUUGCUUUUAUUUUUCCGUAACUAAUGCUAAAUGAACAUAUUAAUUCUUGGUUUGGAUAUACUUGCAGUAAUUUUUGUUGCGCGACUAGUGUUCUACGCAAAAUUUUAAAGAUGAAACACAUCCGAACUCUUUCAGUACCUUGUCUGGUGGUCCACUGUGCAGAUUCAAUCUUCACAAGCACACGAGUUCUCGGGAGUGUUAAAAACUGCAGAUUAUUUUUUAAGUAGAGUAAUUUAGUCUAGUUGUCAAAUUGUUUGUGAAUUGAAAAUUCAAGCACCUUUUUCAACUUUUGAAGUACUGAAUACUGAUCUUUAUAAUUUAUCAUUUCAAAUGAAUUAUUUAUUCAUAAAUUAUACACAUCUGCAAGUUUUAGUGUUUUCGCUCAAGGAUAAGUAAACUUUUGGAUUCUUCAAUAAUGGCAGACUUUUCAAAAUAAAUAGACGCUGUACCUCAAAACUUGAACUAGGUGCUUGAGCAUUGUUAUCGUAAAGCAAUUAUUUCUUUUGUUAGAUUAUCAAAUUUCGUAAAAAAAAAUUGUUAUUUAUUAAAAGUGCUGUAAUUAGAUAUUAGUUUAAAGACCUGAUGGUUGUGUAUAAAUAAAUUUUGCUCAAAGCAUUUUCAAAAGUAUUAAAGAAUGAAACCCUA